CCUGGAGGUUCAUCCCAAACAUCAACAGUAGAGCGUGAACAGCCGUGCUGAGCGAGUGUGUUGCCUACACUGCCUCCAGUGAUCCUGUCAUGGCGCGUGUUCUAAAAGUCAUUGCCCUAAGGAUCCUCCAGGAUUCAGCGUCGAAAAGUCCAAAGAUGACAAAUCUUAACUUUUAUUCUACUUUAAUACAAUCACUUUAUAUGUCGUCAGCGAUUUCUGAGCCAAAAAUGUUCAGAUGUACAGAGGUGCUGAGCGUACGGCCCGCCUCCCUCAUGUUCUGCGCCGGUCAGUGUGCUUGCCGCGGCAGCAGAAGAAUGUUUUCCUGUACCCGCCUGAGGCCGGCGAGCCCGGCAGGCAAGAGCGCUCGGUGCGCGGGCGGCGGCGCGCUGUUCCUGCAGCAGCGCUGCCAGUCCUCAGACACGCUGCCUCAGGACCAACCUCCUCCUGCACCCAACCCCCACACCCUCGCCCAGCCUGACCUCACCAGCCUCUUUAUUGACAUCAGGAAGGCGCUGUACAGCGACCGUAAAGAGCUGGAGGAGAUCGCGUGCUAUUACUUCGAUGGUCAAGGCAAAGUGAUACGUCCUGUGAUCACCGUGCUCGUCGCUCGUGCCGUCAACAAACACAUCUCUAAACAACACAGGCUGCUGAGCAGUCAACUGGAGAUUGCGAAGGUGACGGAGAUGAUACACACGGCGUCGCUGCUGCACGACGACGUCCUGGACAUGGCGGACACAAGGCGUGGCAAGCCCUCUGCCACGCAGCGAUAUGGACAGCGCAAGGUAAAGACAAGAGUUCUGUUUAUUAUGGCUAUCCAUUCAAAUCAUGGCAUUUAUUAUAGAAUUCAAUUCAACAUUGCUUUUACUGUGCAGGUAUUGACAGACCUCGUGCAGGGCGAGUUUAUGCAGUUGGGUUCUAAGGAAAAAGAAGACGAGCGUUUCUCGCACUAUCUGGACAAGAGCUUCAAGAAAACCGCUUCUCUUAUAGCCAACAGCUGUCAAGCUGUUGCUAUCCUGGGUGGCGCGGACAAAAUGGUGCAGCAAAUGUGCUACCAAUAUGGCCGUAACGUGGGGAUUGCCUUCCAAUUGGUGGACGACUUCUUGGACUUCGCGGCCUCUUCGAACAUCGUCGGCAAACCCACGGCCGUCGACCUCAGACUCGGCAUGGCCACCGCGCCCGUCUUGUUCGCUUGUGAAAAGUUCCCCGAGCUGAUCCCGAUGAUCUUGCGCCGGUUCAGCGAGCCUGGCGACGUGGAGUUUGCCAUGGAAUGCGUGCACCGCAGCGACGGCCUCCAGCAAACCAAACUCCUGGCAACCCAACACUGCCUACACGCCAUCUCCAUGCUGCAGCAACUGGCGCCUUCCCAGGAGAAGCUUGCACUCAUAGCCAUCACUGACAGGGUCAUCAACAGGAUCAGAUAACUGCGUCUCAAAGUUAGGGUUUGUGCACAUUUUAUUUGAAAAUGUCAACACCGAGAUCAGAUAAUGGUGUUCCGCAAACGAACUACUUUGUGCUUACUGCCACUGAGAGUUGUUAGCUCCGAGAUCAGAUCGUAUCAACCUAGGGCUACGAACACAGUCACUGACAGGAAGCAUUCUCUGGGGCCAAACUCUCGCUCUAAUAUGUUUGCAAUGACAUCUAGUAUAUCCGAUCUUCAGUUAAGCUUAAUUUGCGUUUGAAGUUCUCGGUGCACAUAUCAUUUGGUUUCCUUUUUGGUGGGCUUGCAAGUAUUUAUUCUAACUCAUGCUACCUAAAUAAUAUACCUGACAAGAUGUCAUCUCGGAAUUAUGUUCACCGAUAUUCUGUCCAUGCAUUUGCAGUUCAAUAUUGCAACUGUUGCAGAAACUGCUGAAAAAUAACGUGCGGGUUCUGAAACUUACGCUGACGACGCUGACCUACUGAAGUUAGAUUUCUAAGUAAACAAAUUAGCUUCAUGUUCUUUUUAUUAUUGUUUAAUUUGGCAAUUUUUAACCAUUCAGCUGGGGAAUCGUUUAUUUGUCAACGAAGUUGCAUAAGAAAAUUUUUCCCGAAUAUUUUUUUUCCCGAAUAUUUGUAUGUAUUUCACGCAUUUUUUUCGGCAAAUGUGCGAAGUACGAUGAAAUCAUGUGAAAGAUGAGCAAGUAAGUUAUUCGGCUUGUGUUGAGACGAGGACUCUUAAGGAGAUUAAUUGCGUGCGUUCCAGGUCGAAAAAAUUCUUCACUCAGACUUUUGUUGCCGUCACAAGUUUCGAUUAUUCUAUAAGGACGCAGAAGAACGCUUAUUUUCCAUGUUACUCCAACAGAUAGUGAUGGGUGUAGAAUUUUUUGUGUAGUUUUUAUACAACAAUGCCACUCGAUUUGAGAAGACGAAGUUGAUAAUUCGCAUCAGCUGGCUAUUCGUUUCAUCACUGCGCUCUGUUGUGAAUCGACUCAUUUACGUUCUGUUGUGAAUCGACUCAUUUACUUAAAAUUCAAAUACUAUUUCAGGAUUCUCGUAUUACCUUCUAAUAAUGUUUAGUUUACCAUAGCUGUGUACUUAACAGGCAAUAUACGAGAUUUACUUUAGUUUUGAAAUGCAAAAAAACUUGAUUGUUCGGACCAAAAAUUGAAAUGUCCUCUCCUCGCCGAGCAUGAUAAAAUUUUCUAACUUGACAAUUCUCUGUACAAUUUUAAAGUGUUUCGCCGGACUCACGAUAAGAUAAUUACUUUGCUAGAAUAUUUAGACGACCUGCUCGCUAUUGCUUGGUGACGUUCAUUGUGAGAACGCCAAGCUGAGUCAAGUAGUUGAGCGCAGCAGCUUGUAAAUAGUGCACGCAGCGAUACUUCCUAGAAACUGUCUUCUGUGACCCACAAUGUUAAUGACUUACGUGCUGUUUUGUUAUGUAGUUUAUCAAUAACCGACUCUUACGUGAGAAUGGGGCUUGUGUGGCCUCUUCAAUCACAAGAGAGCUCAGGUCAAUAUCAGAAAAUUUACAAGUUCCAUGCCUAGAAUUUAUGGCAAUGCGCUGCAGAGUUCUUCAUACUUUGCAGGCGUAGUUUUGUGGGGUAUAAAUUCAUUGCUAAUGUGUUCAAUAAUGCGUCAAGUCGAUGUAAAUGAUGUGGCGCAAGCUAGGCUCAUUAGCAGCACAUGUUUGACGAUUCUCUUUCGUAAUGGCGCCGUCAUUUUUCGACGUGAACUUUGGUUGUGUUUUGACUAUGAAAUAUUUAUCGAUCCGAACCUUUAUAUGACUUAUACUCCGACACUCAACUGUCCCUACUACGUAGCGCUUACUUCAGAAAUGCUGCCAGAACUUUCAUUGCAGCAAUGCAAAUUGUAUACUGCUUCAAAUUUAACACGAUUUCCGAAGUUAGAUCAAUUAUUAACAGUUCAUAUUUUUUUAGCUCAAGGAAUAUCACAUAACUUCAACAGAGAAUUAUCCCAACAUGCGUGCAAGUAUUAGAUAUAGUUCAGCAACAAUUGGACACGUAAUUAUUGUUUAAAUAGUUUUUAUCUUGUUUUUGCUGUAGAUUUUUAUGCGUUACUCCAUUUGUGAUUUCACCAUUUUUUGACAGCUUACCGAUGGUCCGUGUAAUUUAGUAGGUAGUCUACCUGCCGUGCGAGUUGUACAGUGAAUGCCGUGUCGUGUGUGGGUGUUAUGUAGUCGUGGCCCGUCGACCAUGGGACUAUUUGUACAGUUGUUCUACGAGGAACUUCGCGGGGAAACAUAUUUCUAAUAAAGUAUAUUCUUCUAUGGAUAAAUUUCAGAUACCUCCCAUGAGAAGACUUGCUGCUUUCAGGUUCGGAAUUAUGAUAUUUCUAUAACUCAAUUUCUGUACGCAAUAUUUUGUACAUAUUGGAAAAUCGUACUCAUGUUUUUUUUUUAUAAAGACGUUGAAUGGGUCACUAAAAGAAUUUAUAUUGAUAAAAGUUGCCAUGAUUAACGCAACAGAUAAUUUUCGAGAAACUGAAUAUUUAAUUUUUAACUGGAUGUGUAUACAGAUUUCUAUCAAUAAACUUAAAUGGAAAGAA